CCACCCUCCAUCAGUCUCUAUCUGCCUCUCAUACUGCGCUCUAUUAAUUCCAAUAACCACAGAUUUAUUACCAAAAAAUGCAGGCUUUUUAAAUAAUGCACCAAACACCAUGGAUCAACCUCUGAAGAGAGCCGUCGCCGGUUCCUCACAAUCACAACCAUCUCAGAAUACACCCCUCCAGUCAACUUCCGACGAUGAAGGCUACCAAGUCAUUGGAUUCACACCGGUAGCGUUCAAGCCUUCACCUUCACCUGGGUCUAAUGCGCCCAAACCUCAACUGCCGAGUCAAGAAAAUGCAACUGAGAUACAACCAUCACCAACACAGCCUUCCCCAUCGCAGAAACUACGCCCACCAAAAAUUCGAACGACGGCAGAAUCCGGUCCUCCACCGGAGCAGACCGCACCAGGGCGGCCUAUAAUAUUGAAGUACUCGGACGGAGACGAUAAAGGACAUCCUUCUGGGGAGUUGCUUAACCGGCAACCUGACGAGGCGGGGAGAUUGUACUAUUAUGUCAAGCUCGGCAAGCAAGAUGUCAGAUUCUCACAGUUUUUGGCAAAGCUCAGUGCCCUUCUCUCCAAGCGCGUGGGCGAGGAGCUGACGCUCAAAAAACUACCAAACAACUACGCGCUAUUCCUCCACACCACCACAAAAACCGCAAACGACAUCCGCGAGCGCCACGACACUUACACAUUCGGCCAUCCGUCGGGAAAGCGGUACCGGUCCGCCACAGAAUUCUCUCCUCAUGUAUACUGGCUCUAUGCGAAUUCAACAGCCAGCGAUCCGGAUAAUGUCGCGCCUUGUGAAUGCUCACUCUGUCAAACACAUGCUGCGCGUUUGAGUCUUGAUAAUUCUUUGCUGAAUGCAGAGCGGGAGAAACGGAAACGGAAAGAAGAAUCAGAAGUCGCAGAGACUGACGUCCCCGUACGUGAACGGUCCAGCAAGCUCGAACCGUUUAAAAAGCGAAGAAUCACAAAAUCGCUAGUGGCAAAAUUAACCCCCCUCGAAGCAAAAUACCACGCGCAGAGAUUACUUGUCGAAGGCGAACGUGCAAGCGAGCGGGCGAUGGGAAUAGUCCCCUUCCGACCUGGCGAGCUGGUGUGGGCGUUCUGGGAAGACGAUCCAUACGAGCCGGACAAGUUGAACGGCAGCAAUGCCGUGCUUUGGGAGGGAAAACUGCGGGUGCCGCAUCCAGCGCUUGUGGUUCAUCGCCCGCUUGAUCCGACGCCCUGGGUGCCGGCGGUGAACACUGCCAACGACAAGAACUUACCGGCAGAUGCGUUCGAUCGAUACUCGCUGUUUCUGUAUGACGUACAGGAGUAUCUCGAGGACGUCAAGAGCUAUUACAUUGCGCCAUGGCUGCUCAUCGAUCCCCGGUACUGCACAGAUGAGCAGGCGCUCAAGAUCUCGCGCUCAUGGUCUGUGUUUGGCAAAACCGAACCUCCAUUAGAUAUGGAUACCGAUGCUGAUAGACUUUACGAAGGCGCCUUCCUCGGUGCCGAAAAGAUCUGGCGCGGCGACGUGAUUUUUAUAGAGCCUGACGAGGAUAAAGGGCGUACGGCGCGAGAUCUGAUGGUCGUCGAAGCGAUCUCGGUCGAAGACAACAAAGAGCUGAAAACCUCAGAGCUCAUGUUCUCCGGAACAGUGUACAUGACCGAUCCGCCGGACCAUACAGAUAGCGAGACAAUCAUGCGGGAUAUGAUGCCGUUCCGCGUCUCGCUGCAGCAAAAGGCGUAUUCGGUAACCGAGCUCAGUGACCUUAUCACAAUCGGCGCAGAUUUGGUCGUCGGACGGUGGUAUCCGCCGGGGAUUCUGCAGGGUCAGGCGAUUCUAGAUUCGGAGAAGAUUAAAGUGAGGAUGAAGAGUCGUCGACGGGUUGCUAGUUCAGAUCAGCGUCUUGAUAGCUGAGCAUAUGUAGUCUACA